AUUUGAGAAUUUUCGAAGCAUAUAAACUAUAAAGAGAGAGGAGAUUGGGAGUGACACGCCACUAGUGAAGUAAUUGGCUCGGCCUCUCUCAUACAAAACAAAACCAACACCCACCCACGGUACGCAGUCUAGGUUUCGGAGUGGGCAGGGUUACUGUGUUAUCCGCUUCUCCUUCUCCAUCUCCGUCUCUCCCAUGGCUUCGUCAUCUGCGAAUCUGUGGGUUUUGUUGGGAUUGGGAUUGGCUGGCGUAUUGUUGAUGACCAGAAAGCUUAAGAAAACCAUCAGAGAAGAUUUUGGCGCAUUCGUCCAACGUCUUCAGCUUCUCCCUCCGCCCCAGCCCGCUCCUCCCAAAGCUCCUCAUCCCCUCACCAACCUCUCCUUCGCCGUCUCAGACGUAUUUGACAUUGAAGGAUAUGUGACUGGGUUUGGCAAUCCAGACUGGGCCAGGACUCAUGACACAGCUUCUAGGACCUCUCCUGUGGUUUCAGCUCUUGUUGAAGGAGGUGCCACAUGCACUGGGAAAACUGUUGUGGAUGAAAUGGCAUAUAGUAUCAAUGGAGAAAAUAAGCAUUAUGGUACACCCACCAAUCCUGCUGCUCCUUCACGGAUACCAGGAGGAUCCUCCAGUGGAGCUGCUGUGGCCGUAGCUGCAAAUUUUGUUGAUUUCUCUUUAGGCCUCGAUACUGUUGGUGGCGUGAGAGUACCUGCUGCAUUUUGUGGUGUUAUAGGAUUCCGGCCCUCACAUGGGGCGGUUUCUCACAUGGGGAUCAUUCAUGUUUCAUCGAGUCUUGAUACUGUUGGAUGGUUUGCUAAGGAUCCUAGUAUACUUCGUCGUGUUGGCCAUGUGCUACUGCAACUUACAUAUGCUGUUCAACGUAGUCCUAGACAAAUUAUAUUUGCUGAUGACUGUUUCCAAUCACUAAGGAUUCCUGUUGACAGGGUUUAUCAGGUGGUGCUUAAAUCAACUGAGAAGCUGUUUGGAAGACAAGUUCUGAAGCGUGAAAAUCUUGAGAACUACUUAGAUUCUAAAGUUCCAAGCUUGAAAGCAUUUCAUAGCCAGAAAACAAAUGGUGAAACCAGAAAUUCUUUGAUAAGAUCUCUUGUAAAAAUUAUGCAUUGUCUUCAAAGGCAUGAGUUCAAGCAUAAUCAUGAAGAAUGGAUCAAUUCAGUGAAGCCUAUCCUUGAUGCUUCUAUUUCAUCACAAUUACAUGAUGUAUUGGAGGUGGCAGAUACUGAGAUUGAAAACUGUCAAUCAUCCAGGAUGGAAAUACGUUCUGCUCUUAACUCUCUUUUGAAGGAUGAUGGAAUUCUGGUGAUCCCUACUGUUGCUGACCCUCCCCCAAAACUUGGUGGGAAGGAGAGUUUGUCAGAGGAAUACCAGAACCGUACUCUUGGUCUGUUGAGUAUUGCUAGUAUGUCAGGUUGCUGUCAGGUCACAGUACCAUUGGGACUUUAUGACAAGUAUCCUGUUUCAGUAUCUUUCAUGGCUAGACAUGGGGGUGAUCGCUUUUUACUAGAUACAGUGCAGACCAUGUAUGCAUCUCUUCAGGAGCAGGCUGACAUUGCUGCAAAGUCCAAACUAUCAAGUAAUGCUGUUGACCGGGAAACAUCUGCUGAAAUUGCUAAAGAAAAGGGUAAUCAAGCAUUCAAAGAUAAACAGUGGCAGAAGGCUGUUGGCUUCUAUACAGAAGCCAUUAAACUUAGUGGCAAUAAUGCAACAUACUACAGCAAUAGAGCUGCAGCAUAUCUGGAAAUGGGAAGUUUCCUCCAAGCUGAGGCUGAUUGUACAGAAGCAAUCAAUCUUGAUAAAAAGAAUGUGAAGGCCUACUUAAGGAGAGGCACGGCAAGAGAGAUGCUUGGCUAUUAUAAGGAUGCAAUUGAAGAUUUCAGAUACGCACUUGUUCUUGAGCCAACCAAUAAAAGAGCAUCCCUUUCUGCUGACAGACUAAAGAAGUUAUUUCAGUAAGUGAUUGAAAUAUAAUCAAGGCUUCAGGAGGCUCAGUGUCACAGAAACAGGUCUUCCUCAUUCAUUACCUUGCCUCAUUCCAUUCAGAAAGAUGAUUUUGCCAUACCUUCCCAGCAGCCCCACAGAUCUAAUUCUUUUUCUCUUGGUUAAGGCAUUGUGAAGGCCUGGAGUAGUCACUUGAUCUAGUCGCCAUUUUGGUAGCUGUAGUAUAUCACUAUUGCUGGAACUUGUAAUUAUGGUUCGAUUUUGUUUACUCUGAUAUUUACAUUCGGGUUGUAAUUCUAGCAUUGAGCUGAGGUUUUAUACUUUUGAUUUUGGUUGAGGUGAUGAAAUAAUUUUUCCCUUGA